CCCAGCAUCCACGUGCAUCUGGACCACACGUGCUACCACCGAACAGCUUCACCUCAUCUCAGUGCAACAAAGACCUCAUCUGUGGGUGGUCAGUUCUGUGCUCAUGCUCCGCCUCUAUUCGGAAAUGAUCGGGUGUCUUCGUAAGCCACCCCUCCAAUGUACCCCGGUAAAGUAAAUACUCACUCAUAUUGAGGUGAUAUUGUUUAUUUUUUGCUUUUGAAGUGAAGUGGACGUGCAGUUAGUGCGCGGGUGGACACAUUUUAAAAAUAUGAAAGUGGUUUACGUGUUUAUGUUCAUUUGCGGGUGUGCUUUCACCCUAGGAGAGGUGGCUGGAGGGAGGAACAAGAACCGGGGAAAAGGAUCUAUGUGGUGGGGUAUAGCAAAAGCCGGUGAACCUAACAACCUAUCACCAAUUUCUCCAGGUAGACUUUACAUGGAUAGGCCAGAUCAUGGUACGCUGAGGAGAAAGCAGCAUCGUCUAGCCAGGGAGAACCCAGGAUUGCUAGCUGCUGUAAACAGAGGAGCCAACCAGGCCAUCCAGGAGUGUCAGUAUCAGUUCAGACAUCAGAGAUGGAACUGUUCGACUCGAAAUUUUCUGAGGGGAAAAAACUUAUUUGGAAAGAUUGUGGAUAGAGGAUGUCGAGAAACAGCCUUCAUUUAUGCGAUAACCAGCGCGGCAGUGACGCAUGCGAUAGCGAGAGCCUGCAGCGAGGGCUCCAUAGACACCUGCAGUUGCGAGAAUCAUCACAAGACCAGGAAAUAUCAAUUUUUGGAAAACUCAGUGGCAGUUCCAGGAGUGCGGGAUUUUGAGUGGGGUGGGUGUUCUGAUAAUAUUGGAUUUGGUUUUGCUGUGAGUCGUGAGUUUGUUGAUACUGGGGAGAGGGGAAAGACGCUUAGGGAGAAAAUGAAUUUGCAUAACAACGAAGCUGGCAGAUGGCAUGUCCAACAACACAUGAAACAAGAAUGCAAAUGCCACGGCAUGUCUGGAUCCUGUACCGUGAGGACGUGCUGGAUGAAACUUCCAUCCUUCAGGGUGAUCGGCGACAUCUUAAAAGAUCGUUUCGACGGCGCCUCUCACAUCACAUCAGGCAACAAUCACCACAGGAACAACAAGGCACACGGCAGGAUGAUCAACAUGAACCCCAAAUUCAACAGCAUCUCCAGAAACAGCAUAUACAGCAAGAGGGAGAACAGGCGAAGGCAGAAAUACAAUUUUCAAUUGAGACCUUUCAAUCCGGAACACAAACCGCCGAGCGCCAAGGACUUGGUGUACUACGAAAUGAGUCCCGGAUUCUGCGAAAGAAACACCAAGCUGGGUAUCCAAGGAACCCACGGCAGAAUAUGCAACGCGUCAUCGAUCGGGGUCGAUGGAUGUGACAUAAUGUGCUGUGGUAGAGGCUAUCGCACCCAUGAAAAAAUCGUGGCUGAGCGAUGCAACUGUACAUUCCACUGGUGUUGUGAGGUUAAAUGUGAAAUAUGCAGAACUAGAAAAUUGGUCCAUACGUGCGUCUAGUUUUAAUAUAGUCAAGAAUUUGCAAUUUUCGUUCAUGUUUUCCUCCGAAAAAAUUUGUGAUAAUUUCGAAUCCAGUGAAAUAGUUUUUAGUUUUAUAUUGGUGGAAAUGUCAACGCAAUUUGCAUUUCAUCUUGAUCAAUCAGUAUUAUAAAAUUUAAAGACUGAUUCCGAAUUUAAAACUCCAGUCAAUCCUGUACAUAUGUUCAAUUUGUGAUGUAAAUUUAGUGUUAUAUUUGUAAAUUUAUGUGACCGUGUAUAAGAUAAUAUUAUGCAUGAAAUUUCAUUCUAUAUGACGAUUGUGUCUAUAUAGAUGUACUUCAAGUUCCAAUCAUCUUAAUAAUAAUUGUGGAAUAGAAUGAAAUGUAGGAUAAUUAAUUUAUUGCAUUGUAAAUAAAUAAUCAGCGAGUAUAGUGUAUCUCAAAUUGUAAAUUAUUCUUAUUUAUGUAACUGAAAUUUUAUAUAUUCUUUCAUUUAAUUUAUUAUAAAUCUUGCUUCUUAAUUGUAAAUUAUUUAAUAUGUAUAUAACCGCUAA